CUCAGACAGUGGUCUUGGCACAACAUGUGAGCCUGGAUCCUCCGGCACUUCCUCUUCGAAUACUAGCCCGGAGUCUGAAAAAGAUGUACAUAUGCAUGCUUUUUCAUCAACGCCUAGCGCCAAUUACUCAGCUAGACCAUUAGAGCUUUCGAAUGCCUCGCCCAUUAUCAAAAACGGCGUAACCCCUCACUUGAAUAGAACGAAUUCAAACAUUGCCUUUGGUGAUAGAGAGAAUCAUAUGACUAUAAAGCAUAAACGCGCUGUCAAGUCAAGAAGGGAUGGCGUAUUGGCCAACACGCCGAUUGCAGUACAGGCUAGGCUGGUUUAUGACACCAUAGAGUCUGCACAAUCAAUCCAAGAAAACACUCCGGUUCCAAAACAAAUGGUUACACUGGCUAAGGGCAAUAAUAAUCUUGACAUAAACAAACAUAUAUACACAAUUGAGAGUUGCAUUGAAAAUCAUCUGGAAGUAUGCCAGGGCAAAAAUAUGGAAGAAAAUCAAGAAGCUUCUAGGAGUGUCUUGCAUAUUAGGCAGAGCCGGGAAGAUGAAAACAAAUACGAGGGAAAUGAAGACGAGAGGGAAGGAGAUCAAGAAUAUUUGGUAGAUGUGGAGAAAGAAGAUAAACUAGGUGAAAUGAUUCUUCCCGGAUCAGGAGAGGUGACUAGAAGACGUCAGCGUCGGAUGCAUCCUUGUGAAUAUUGCGAUAAGCAGUUCGACAGGCCAUCACUUUUGAAGCGACAUACUCUUACGCAUACUGGUGAGCGUCCAUUUGAAUGCAAGUUUUGUGGAAAGGGGUUCUCGACCCGAAGCGGAGUCAAUACGCACGAACGCACACACACAGGUCAGCGUCCAUAUUUGUGCCGAAUUUGUGGGCGGAGAUUUGCCGCAGGUUCAAAUCUUAUAUUCCACAAAUACACGCAUACGAACACGCGACGCCAUGCCUGCUUACACUGCCCUAAGGCAUUCGUAACGCCUGGUGACCUUAGGAAACACGAAUAUAUACACACGGGAGCUUGGCCUUUCCGAUGUGGCGUAUGCGAAAGGGGUUUCGCUACAGAACGAAAUCUUAAGUCACAUGAAAUAACUCAUACAGGUGAGCAUCUUUUACAGGCACCUCAAAACGCUGCUGGUCAAAAGCCGUUCGUGUGCCCAGUUUGCUUAAAAGGAUAUGCACAAGAAAGCUCAAUGAAAACCCAUUUAAGAAUACACCAGAGAACAAGCCUGGCAUCACCUGUGAUCAAUUCACCUGAAAACAAAUCCCAAUCGGAAGAAGCAUUGGAACUUUUGUCUUCAGCCAAUUCACCAAAUAGCCUAGAAUGUACAAAGCAACUCUCCACCUGGCCAUCUAAUCCGAACAGCUUUUCCACAUUGCCUGAUCUAAUUUGUGAGGCUCCACCCACUCCUCAUAUAAAUACUUCAUAUAGUUAUCUUGAUCCGUCAAGAGUGCUGAACCACGAAGUGUCAGCUUUUUCAACCUACCAACCGACGACUGACGGCCAGCAAACUAGCCCUUCGAGACAUCAAUUGGGCUCAAAAGAACAAUCCAUCGGGCCUCAGACACCCAACAGUCCUGAGUCCAUUUUGAGCCCGUCAGAAAUUGCUUCCUUAACACAAAAUGCAAUAACACGGACAAAUUGGGAGGCGGCUGUGUGGAUUUACUCAAGAUAUCGAGCUUACUACAACAUUUAUAUGCGAGAGCUACUUAGGCCUUCUAGCAUUGAGGUGCCAGCAGUUGGAGGAUAUAUGGUGCCACCUAUGACAAAUGCAUUAUCAACACAUGUUCCGGUGACGGAAUCAUCCUCGAAUAUUCCACCUGCCCAAGGAUAUGGCUUAACCGGACUAUCAUCAAGCUUUUCCUGUGCCUCCCUUGCAGCGCCAGCGACUAGCAAUCACUUAAUGUCUGUAGCCAGACCUGCAAUAUGCAGCUUAGCUGGGUCGCCCAGUAGCGUUAUCACAGGCCCUACUGGCCCAGGAAUGACUGCUCAGGAUAUAAUAGAUAUAAGUUCAAAUUAUAGUCUUAACUAUUUUCAGCAGUUAGCACAGACUUCCAUGCAGACACCUUCGCAAUCUAUUCCAGACCAGCCUUUCAUAGCAUUACAGAACGCGUCGGUUUUGGGUUUGCAUAGCCUAUCCUAUCCAGCGCUCAAUACCGUCACACAUGAAUCCUCAAACGCAAUGCCUUCGACUGGGAUAUCUGAUCUCCCUUCUGAGUCGUCAGAGCUUUUUUCGGGGAAGACGAUCUUGAAUAUUUUAUCGGAUGAAGUUAUCUUUUCUCGUGGCUUUCCAAGUGACAAACCGGUUCGUAUCUCUUCCGCGUCAACUCGCUCCCAAUCUGAGAAAGUUGUGUAG